AUGCCUCACAAGCAUACCAGAAGGGAUCACGAUCCUGCAUCAUUCGAUCUCCCUCCGUCUCAGAUUGCAAGGCCAUUGCCCGUUCAACAGAGAAGCCGGAAAGCUCUGGCUGCCGCCGCGAAAAACGGCAAGAACGGAAAGAACCCAAAGACAGAAAACGAUGGUAUUAAAAAGAGGAAGGGUCGUAGCAAAGAUGACGACGCACCAAGAGCGUUUAAGCGCAUGAUGGCGCUGGCUUCCGGCAAGAAGCAACGAUCUGGGCUCGACAACGGCGAAACUGUGAAUCAGAAGAAGAAGGCCGCCAAGAAAGCUGCCUCCGUCGCCGAAAAGAAAGACGAAUCAAGCGAAAAUGCCGAAAAGUCCGAAGUACCGACUAUUCGUCCGGGUGAGAAGAUGUCCGACUUUUCUGCGCGUGUCAACGCUGCUCUGCCACUUGCUGGCCUUGUCAACAAGACAGAAAGGGGUGGAAAGGAUCCCCUGGGACUAAAGGUCCACAAGACGCGGAAAGAGCGCAAGAUGCACAAGCUUUAUGACCAGUGGCGGGAGGAGGAGCGGAAGAUCCAGGAACAGAGGGAAGAGGACAUGGAGGAAGUGGCGGAGCGCGAACUGGACGAGGAGAUCAAUGGCGGUACUUUUGGUAACUUUGGACAGACACCUGCUGCCUUCUACGGGUCCAAUCAGGACGGGAAGAAGAAGAAGAAGAAGGGCAAGAAGGGCAAGGGCGCAGACCGCGAAGAGGAUCCCUGGGCGGUACUCAAGAAGAUGCGUGCAGAGGCCAAGGUGGGCCUCCACGAUGUCGCCCAGGCGCCGCCGGAGCUUCACAGGGCUGGACGGGAGAAGCUCUUGGUUCGUGGUGCCGCCGUCGACGUGUCAAACGUACCAAAGUCUGCCGGAAGUUUGAGAAGGCGCGAGGAGCUUCAGGAGAUACGGGAUGAAUUGGUCUCUUCUUACAGGAGGAAGAGGGAGGAAAAACUGGCCCGUCUUGCUGCUGAAACUUCCGCCUCAACUUCAUAA